AUGCCGAUGCUCAAAGAUCCCUCGCAAAAAUACAAGAAGUUCCAGCCCAUUCCGCUUCCCAACCGCACAUGGCCCAACAAAACCCUGGACAAGCCUCCAAGAUGGCUUGCCACGGAUCUCAGGGACGGAAAUCAAAGUCUAGUGGACCCCAUGGAUGGCGACCAAAAACGCAAAUUUUUCAAAAUGCUCGUCGAUAUCGGCUAUAAAGAAAUCGAAAUUUCGUUUCCCUCUGCAUCUGAGACCGAUUUCGAAUUUACCAGAAGCUUGGUUAAGACCCCUGGCGAAGUUCCAGAUGAUGUGUGGCUCCAAGUUCUCAGUCCAUGUCGUGAAGAUUUUAUCCGUCGGACUGUGGAUUCUCUGAAGGGAGCAAAGAAGGCUAUUCUUCAUUUAUAUCUUGCUACAAGUGAAUGUUUCAGGAGAAUAAUUUUUGGCAUGACCCAAGAGCAGAGUUUGGAGCUAGCUGUGAAGUGUACAAAAUAUGCCCGCUCAAUCACAAAGGACGAUCCAUCAAUGGCAGGAACAGACUGGCGGUUUGAAUUUUCUCCAGAGACCUUUUCUGAUACAGAUCCUGCUUUUGUGAUCAAGAUCUGUGAAGCUGUCAAGGCUGCUUGGGAGCCAACUGUGGAAGAACCAAUCAUCUUCAAUCUCCCUGCCACUGUUGAGAUGUCAACACCAAAUGUCUAUGCAGACCAGAUUGAAUAUUUCUGCACGAAUAUAUCUGAAAGAGAAAAGAUUUGUGUUUCCCUUCACCCUCACAACGACCGUGGUUGUGCCGUGGCCGCUGCAGAAUUGGCUCAAAUGGCUGGUGCUGAUCGUGUUGAAGGAACCCUUUUUGGCAAUGGAGAGAGGACCGGCAAUGUUGACUUGGUAACUCUAGCUCUAAAUCUCUACACACAGGGAAUCAAUCCAAACGUUGACUUCUCUGAUAUCAAUUCCGUCAUAAAAGUUGUGGAAGAAAGCAAUAAGAUCCCAGUCAAUGAGCGAUGGCCCUACGGUGGUCAGCUUGUUGUCUGCGCCUUUAGCGGAAGCCAUCAAGAUGCCAUCAAAAAAGGAUUCAAAGAAAGAGAAGCCGCUGGCCUCAAGGACCAAGAUAAAUGGCAAAUGCCUUAUCUUCCUCUUGAUCCACGUGAUAUUGGAAGGAACUACGAGGCUAUUAUUCGCGUCAAUUCCCAGAGUGGCAAGGGCGGAGUUGCCUGGAUUAUUUUACGCAUGCUCGAGUUGGAUCUUCCUAGGGGCCUCCAGGUCGUGUUCAGCAAAAUUGUUCAAAAGGAGGCAGAUAGACUGGGUCGCGAGCUGAAACCAAGUGAAGUCGUCUCUCUGUUUGAAGAAGCCUAUCACCUCAAGAAGAACCCACGGUUUUCUCUAAUAGACUACAAUAUCACUGCCGACCGGUCUCAAACACCUGCUCCCCCAGCGCCAGGAAAAGCCCUUAGUACAGAGAAACUCCAGAGACGGUUUACUGGUAUUAUCGAAAUUGACAGUAUCCAACACGGUAUCGUUGGUGUUGGAAAUGGUGCCAUCUCAUCCCUCGCAAAUGCUCUUAAAUCUCUUGGCAUUGAUCUUGACGUCGUAGACUACAAAGAACAUGCUAUGGGAAGUGAUCGUGAUACCAAGGCCGCUACCUUCAUUGAAUGCGUUGCAGCUGGAUCUAAUCUAAAGGUUUGGGGUGUUGGCAUCCAUCAUGAUGUUGUCCAAGCAAGUUUGACGGCUUUGCUCAGUGCUGCUAGUUCGUUUCUAUCGUCUCGUGCGCCGUCACCAUUCCGCCCAAUUCGAUCAAAAACCCUGACUCAAGCGGAGAUCAAGGCUUUAGAGGAUCUUAAUGGCAGCUUGCUUGACCCAAAUGACCUGGCACAAGGGAUUGUCAGUGCAAUUAAACAACAAAAAGUGGAUGUGAAUGUAUUGGAAGCAGCAGCCAAAAAACUUUAA